AUCUGGUUUUUGCUGGGACCUCCAAGUCUGCAGCAAUGUCAACGCUAAGGGAGGAGGGAUGAGGUGGAUAUCCUGAGUGUGAGCUUGUGUUGGAUGAGGUGGAGAUCUGUGGCUUUUCAUUGCUGCAGGAGAGAAGAGCUCGGAUGGCACCUCAUCGAGGAACUGUGAACUUUGGUAGAUGCUGUCUUGGGAGAAGCCUUGUGAAGGCAAGCACAGUUAACGCUGCUGACUUAUAAGAGAUGAACAGGAAAAGGCCUCUGCUGCUUCAUCUUGUCUCUGUCUUCCUUCAUCAGGUGAUUAGUGAGGACUUCAUAUCUGUCUCCAUAGUUUACAUGUCCUUAUAAUCAGCCUGAGCAACGUAUCUCCAUAUAAACAACAGAGAGUGUGAUGGAUUUCUGUGACUCUUCAUGAAGCUGAAGUACUAAACUCUGGGACAGCACUUAAGUGUGUUCCAGAUGUCAUUCAAAUAGCUGUGGGAGGUUUAUCAGCUCUUGAGGAGACUUUCCCUUGUGUGCAUGCUUGCACCACUGAAGGCUGGCACUGUGCUAGAGGAAAAUGGAGCUCUCUGAUCUCCUGGCAUUUGCCUCUGCAGAAGUGAACAGUACAACAGUCACCCUGGCUUUACUGGCGGUAUUCGUGGUUCUUCUGUACUGGUAUUCCACCUCAGCCUUCUCCAAACUAAGCAAAGUGGGAAUCAGACAUCCCCCACCUCUUCCCUUCAUUGGAAACCUGCUCUUUUUCCGUGAGGGCUUUUGGGAAAACCACACAAAACUCAUAACGGAGUAUGGACCUAUUUGUGGAUACUAUAUUGGUCGCCAGAUGUUUGUGGUGAUCUCCGCACCGGAGGUGAUCAAGCAAAUCUUAGUGACAGACUUCAGUAACUUCACCAACAGAACUAAGCCAAACUUGAUUUCCAAGCCAAUGCUUGACAGCAUCCUUUGUCUUCGUGAUGAGAGAUGGAAGUAUGUCCGGAGCCUGCUGACUCCAGCCUUCAGUGAUGCCAAACUGAAAGAGAUGGUACCACUAAUAAACCAGGCCUGUGAUGUCUUGCUGAGUAACUUGAAAGUCUAUGCAGAUUCUGGCAGAGCUUUUGAUAUCCAAAGGUGUUACAACUGCUUUACUUUGGAUGUUGUUGGUAGUGUAGCUUUUGGUACUGAGGUGGAUUCUCAGAAGAACCCUGAUGACCCCUUUGUUAAGAAUUGCAGAACAUUCUUUGAAAUGUCUUUGUUUAAGCCUCUUCUUUUUCUAAUCCUUUCUUUCCCAUUCAUAAUGAUCCCAUUGCUUCGGAUUCUGCCAAACAAGAAACAAAAGGAACUGAAUGGAUUUUUUAUUCAAACUAUAAAAAAUGCAAUUGUCUUCAGAGACCAGCAAGAUGCAGCUGAGAGGCGCAGAGAUUUUCUCCAGUGGAUGCUUGACUCCCGCAACUCAGCUGAUGCCUUAGCAGGUGAAUAUUUUGAUAAGAUCUGUCCAGCCACCACUUCCAGCCAAAAUGAGGUGCCUCUUGUUGACAAGACCCCAUCUGAAAAGGCUCAGAAGAUGCUAACUGAGGAUGAAAUAGCAGGCCAGGCUUUUCUCUUCCUGAUUGCUGGGUAUGAGACCACCACUAGCACACUGUCCUUUGCCACGUAUUUGCUAGCAACCAACCCGGAGUGCCAGGAGAAGCUGCUUCAGGAGAUAGAUGAGUUCUCAGCAAAACACAUGGUCACCGAUUAUCAAAAUGUACAGGAGCUGCCCUAUCUGGACAUGGUGAUUGCAGAGACAUUGCGCAUGUUUCCACCUGCAUUCAGGUUUACUCGGGAAGCAGCUAAGGACUGUGUGGUGCUGGGACAGCGUAUUCCUGCUGGUGCUGUUAUUGAAACUGCAGUUGGACAUCUCCACCACAACCCAGAAUUCUGGCCAGAGCCAGAGAAAUUCAUUCCUGAAAGGUUUACAGAGGAGGCCAAGAAGGAGCGUCAUCCCUUUGCAUAUCUACCCUUUGGAGCAGGGCCCCGUGGCUGUGUUGGUAGGAAGAUGGGUUUGCUGGAAACCAAAAUGACUCUGCUGAGGAUUUUGCAGAUGUUUCGAUUUAAGACCUGCCCAGAAACUGAGAUUCCUUUGCAGCUGAAAUCAAAAGCCACACUUGGACCGAAAAAUGGAGUCUACAUUAUCCUAGAAUCUCGCUAAAACAGAAUGUACAUCCUGUAACCUCCUAGAAUGGGACCUCUUGUUUAAUGACUCACUGAUUAUUAUUGUUUUUCAAAUAUCCAAAGACAGGUAGGAACCUGAGUCCCACUAAAGGUCAGCAGAUGCUGCCUAACUGCCACCUGGUGGGAGAGUUUCAAGUCACUUUUAAAAAGGAGAUGUGGGCUUCGCAGUCACUUGAUGAUUUUGAAAUUGCUGUGAAUAAUAUCUGAAAAGCAUGUGACUUUCACUGGCUUUUCUACAUUACACUUCCUUUUACUCAUCUAUAAGAAGGCUUUCUCCACGCUCCAGUUCAAUGGAAGGAGCAGGUGUUAAGUGUACACUAGAUUUACGAUAGGUUUUAAUUACCAUUCAUUAGUUAAUACAUUCUGCUGAUGCACUUAUAAAUCCCUGCUUUAGAAAAGCCCAAGAGACACCAGUUAUAGCAGAAGAGUUGGAAUCCCAUGCAUUGGAUUUUAUUCUGAACUCUGCUAAAAAUCAAAGCUGAGUCUCCUGCACAGUACUUAACCUCUCCUUGUUCCUGUAAAGUAGAAAAGGCAGCAUCUUCAUGCUUUUGAAGUGUUUUGAAAUACACUUAAAUUAACAGUUUGCACUUGGCUCAUUGCAUCAACAUGCCUGAAGAGGAAUGAAGAGUUCCCCCAGUUGCCUGUUAGAUUCCAGUAACUAAGACCAAAGAAGUGAGGUGAUAACUAUUUUGUUAGUUAAGAACUGCUCUUGGAAAGGUUGACAAAAAUAAGACAUAAAUUUAAAGGAAGCAAGAGGAUUGGAGAAAACUUUCAGGAUAUUCAGAAGAUGUUGGCAUAAUAUCUGUUUCACUGUUCUGAGGCCUAUACUUCCCAAGCAUUGCAGUUGACAUCUUUAUCUCAUUGGGUUCUGCAUGCACUAAGGCCAAUGGCCAGGGAGUGGGAUCCAGGAUCAUCAGUCCCAGGAGUCCCAGGAGUUCUUUUGGCUCCUUAUGUGACCCUGCAACAAGUUAUGUCCCAAGUGCCUAGUGAUGUUCUGUGCUAGAGGUUUCCUUAAGUACAGCAUUUCUCUUGGUGGGAUGCACAGAGAAGUGUUGUGGCAGCAGUGGGAAGAGACUGACUGCUCAGCUUCCCUGCAGGGAUUGCUGGAAGGAGCCAUCUGUUCACUGAUCCUUAGCUGCAGUUUCUCUCCAGCAAGCACCUUUUGCUGCCUUCUUCCCACAUGCUUCACUUCACACUGAUUAAAUUGCUCUGUCUCAUUCCUGAAAGAUUUUGUCUGUUUUUUUUUUUUGAUGGGAUUUUUUUUUUAAUCAGAUCUGUACAGGUAACAUUGAAGUACUGUCCUGGCAAUCGUGGAAUUGUUCCUAUUUAUGUGGAGCAUCUCUGGCAGGCUAACCAGAAAUGUCCUAUUACAGAUAUUGAAUUACUAAUGGAGUGACUAUUAUUUGAAAAGCAACAGAGUGUAUAUGUCUUAAUUUCCACAAGUUAUCCAUCACCUUUUCCUCUUGAAAGCAGUGUAUUGACAGCUGAUUUACUGUGCAGCUUAUAGGUACAAGUGGCAAAAAAGUUGGACAGUCUUUGCCUAAAAACUUCCCACCUACCCCAAAUGAGCAGAAGGCUCAUUUCACAGUCUGAAGAAGUCGGCCAUGAAGGACUUGUUUGGCUCCUCAAUAUUUUUUUUUAGUCCUAUUUCUUCCUUAUGUAAAUCAGGUCUUUGUGUGCUUUGUUUUUGAAUACUUAGUCCAGUGUAAAUGAAAAUUGUGUCUCGCUUCAGCGUGCUUUUGUAUGAUCUGUUGUGAUCUGAACACUGCUUAUCUAACCUGCUUAUCGGAAUCCUGUUUGUAUCCUUGGUAUUUAUCUGAGAGCUCCACUCACGUGUACGGCAGCUGAGCAGCUCACAUUGCUGUAGCUAAACAGGACAUUGUCAUCGUGAAGGCCAUGUUAACUCUGCUGGGAGAAAAACAUUACUGCAGUGGCCACAACUGUGCAUCACAUUUUACAGGCUUGGAAAUUGCACUGAGAGUCUUUCCCUGCUGCUUCUAAAUUUAACAGACAGUACACAAACAACUAAACUCAGCUGAGCUGAUACAGCCACCAGACACUGCACAGCCUUCCUCUGUACCAGGAUGCUUAAUGAUGCUGUUCCUGUCCCGGGCUCAGCAACGUGCUGCCAGAAGAGCGGUGCUGCUCUGGAGUACUGGCAAAAAAUGAGACACGAUACUGCCAGCAGCUCCCAGAAAGAGAAACAGGUAACAGCACAGUAACUGCAGGAGUAAGGAAGCUGAUGUAAGAUAACUUUCUCUCCUCAGUACCUUUUAGUCUGUUGCCUUGUAUUGCUGAGCUGUGGGUAUGUUUAUGUUUAAGGCCUGCUUCACAAGAAGCUCUUUGUCACUCUCAGAGAGGUGAUAUGAAAGAAAGGCUGCUUAGUGAAGGGAAGCAUCUAUUAAAAACAUCUUCUGAGACUUUGCAACGAUUGCUGAAAUCAGUAUAAAAUAGUAUUUAUAAUGACUGCUGCAAUGAUAGAAAACCUUCAGAUUGUACUUUCGUUAGGUUUUAUACUUCAGUAUACUUGGAGUCAAGCAUUAGAAAUGAUUAUGCUGGGCCAAUUGCAAAUGUGAACGCUUUACUUUAUUUGGCAUUAAACAACAGAAUUUUCUCCA